AUGGCUACAUUAAUUCGAAGCAAGAUUUCCAACAAACUGUCCAACGCAGCUUCGACGGUUACUAAUAAAUCUCAGGCGAAGGUAAGUGGUCUCUUCGCCAGAAUGGGCUUCCAGGCUGCCACUGAUGAAGAAGCAAUGGGAUUUGCAGCCUGUGAUGAUCUGGACUAUGACCACAGGCAAGGACUGCAGAUGGACAUUCUAAAAAAUGAGGAAAUGGGGGAAGAGGUCGGCGUUGAUAACGUGGGAGAUGAAAAUAUGGAAGGGGACAGUCAUUAUCAGAGAGAUGGCACAGGUCCCCCACCCUCUGUGGCAAAAGAUGGCGGUAUCUGUAAUGAAUUUGGAUCUCCAGAUAAACCGAAAAUCACUGCUUGGGAGGCAGGAUGGAACGUCACUAAUGCCAUCCAGGGAAUGUUCGUACUUGGGUUACCAUACGCCAUUCUCCACGGUGGAUAUCUCGGACUUUUUCUUAUCAUUUUCGCUGCCGUUGUAUGUUGUUACACAGGAAAAAUCCUAAUCUCUUGCCUCUAUGAAGAAAACGAAGACGGACAGCUCGUGAGAGUGAGAGACUCGUAUGUUGACAUUGCCAAUGCCUGCUGCGCGCCCAGAUUUCCGGCACUAGGAGGUCACAUCGUGAAUGUAGCCCAAAUAAUUGAGCUCGUCAUGACUUGCAUUUUAUACGUCGUAGUGAGCGGUAACCUAAUGUACAACAGCUUUCCAACCCUUCCCGUCUCCCAGAGGUCAUGGGCCAUCAUUGCCACCGCCGCGCUUCUGCCUUGCGCCUUUCUUAAAAACUUAAAAGCCGUCUCCAAGUUCAGCUUGCUUUGCACUCUCGCUCACUUCGUGAUCAACAUACUUGUGAUAGCCUACUGCCUGUCUAGAGCACGAGACUGGGCCUGGGAUAAGGUUAAAUUCUACAUCGACGUGAAGAAAUUCCCUAUCUCUAUUGGUAUCAUCGUCUUCAGCUAUACCUCACAGAUCUUCUUGCCAUCGUUGGAGGGUAACAUGCAGAAACCUAGCGAGUUCCACUGCAUGAUGAACUGGACUCAUAUUGCCGCAUGUAUUCUUAAAGGCCUAUUUGCUCUAGUGGCGUAUCUGACGUGGGCAGAUGAAACCAAAGAAGUUAUCACAGACAAUUUGCCGUCCGGUAUCAGGGCCGUUGUCAACAUUUUCCUGGUGGCUAAGGCCCUGCUGUCAUAUCCGUUGCCGUUUUUUGCUGCUGUUGAGGUACUAGAGAAGACUUUUUUUCAGGAUGGACGACGCGCGUUUUUCCCAGAUUGCUAUGGGGGCGACGGACGCCUCAAAUCCUGGGGUCUAACUCUGCGAUGUGGCCUUGUGGUGUUCACGAUGUUAAUGGCAAUAUAUGUGCCGCAUUUCGCAUUACUGAUGGGGUUAACGGGCAGCCUGACGGGCGCCGGCUUGUGUUUUCUUCUCCCUAGUCUCUUUCACCUCAAGCUGCUUUGGAGGAAGUUGCUUUGGCACCAAGUCUUUUUCGAUGUCGCUAUAUUUGUUAUUGGAGGUAUAUGCAGUAUUUCUGGUUUCAUUCAUUCAAUGGAAGGUCUCAUUGAAGCGUUCAAAUACAACAUACAUGAUUAG